CGUUACCUGGUUACAGGGGAGUGAUGGAGCACUGAGUAAGGCAAUCUUCAGGACUCCACAGAUAUGAGAGUUUCUCUCGCGCCCACCGAGUCAAAGCCAGCAGCAUCUCCGGAGCGCGCGACAAACAGCUCGUCCAAGAAAAGCUGAUUAACCUCUUAAUUAAGUUACAAAUAUCACCACGGACAGUCUCAAGUUUGGCAUAUUCCCAGUUAGAAGAAGCAAGUUGGUCGACAAAUAUUGAUGUAAGGACAAUGGCCCCCAGCUGAAGGCAGUGACGGAAAGAGACUGAGAUGGAGCUGACCUCAGUAGACGCCUCUGCUGUGCUGGGCAUAUGGGGCAGUGGCUCCAUUCCUGGUUUCCUCCUUAAUGAGAGCAUUCUCAAUGACACUUGCUUCCUCAAUACUUCAAACUGCACUAAUGGAAGUGAUGCAGCGAACCGAGCAGGAACAAGCAUGGCAGGAAUCCUCAUUCCUCUUAUUUACAUCAUUGUCUGCAUCGUUGGCCUGGGAGGAAACUCACUGGUCAUUCACAUAGUCCUGCACUACUCCAAGACAGAGUCAGUGACCAACAUCUACAUCCUGAAUCUAGCUAUAGCUGAUGAACUUUUCAUGCUGGGCCUGCCGUUCCUCGCUGUGCAGAACGCCAUGCACUCCUGGCCCUUCGGCUCAUUCACGUGCAGAUUAGUCAUGACCGUUGACGGCAUUAACCAGUUCACCAGCAUUUUCUGCCUCACUGUGAUGAGCAUUGAUCGCUACCUGGCCGUGGUUCAUCCUAUUCGGUCCUCUAAAUGGAGGCGACCACAGGUGGCCAAGGCAGUGAAUGGAACAAUCUGGGCGGUCUCCUUUUUGGUAGUCUUGCCUGUUGUGAUUUUUGCAAAUGUGCAAAGGGAAGGAGGCAUCUGCAACAUCAUAUGGCCAGAGCCAGCCAACAUCUGGGGAGCAGCAUUUAUAAUCUACACCUCCACAGUUGGCUUUUUCUUUCCCUUGCUAGUCAUCUGCAUGUGCUAUCUCCUAAUCGUGAUCAAAAUUCGCAGCUCGGGAAAGAAGGUUCAUGCCACUUCAACCAAACGGCGCAAAUCGGAGCGCAAAGUCACGCGAAUGGUGGUGAUAGUAGUGGCUGUGUUUGUUUUCUGCUGGAUGCCGUUUUACGCCCUCAACAUCAUAAACCUGGUGGAAUCGCUGCGUGAUGAGCCCCAAGGUCUGCAUCUUUUUGUGGUGGUAUUGUCUUACGCUAACAGCUGUGCUAACCCUAUUGUGUAUGGCUUCCUUUCGGACAACUUCAAACGGGGAUUUCGAAAGGCUCUGUGCCGUUCAACUCGAAGGGUCGAGAACCACGAACCCACCAAGCAGCAGAAUCAAGAGGAAGGAAGAAGAGUGCUGAUGCCCAGGGAAAGCCUUAGAAGAACAGUCAGAGAUGAAGAGGAUGAGGAUGAGGAAGAGUACAGGGAGGAAGUGACUGAGAUGACAGAAAUCUGCAGGAUUACUCAGAACGCAAAUGGAAACGGACAGCCUGAAAGUACACGAGCGCUUUUCUUAGAGAGACCCUCUGGUACAGGGGUUUCUGAGACAUGUUCCCCAGACAGGAGAGGCACGGGGGUGGAUGUUCUUGGUAAAGGACCAAGCUUUGGACCUGCUGCAACCCUGCUGAAUGGGGCUAAAAAUGGGAAUGUGAAAACUCUGCCAGAGGAACCGGUGGAAAAGAACGCCUCACUGGAGAUCAGCUACUUGUAAACCUGUGAUCAGCUGGAAAAUCUGUAUUAUUGUACAUGCCUCCUUGAACUCUAUGCGGUUUGUAUUUACUGCCUCUCCUGAAGUUUAUCAACUCGUCCUCAUGUCUGAAUUUACUAAGAAAUGUAGGGGUGCACGAUAAAUAAACGCUGAUAAUGAACGUGGAUUUGUGCAGCUUGUCAGUUAACAACAGCUCUGUGUACAGCUGCUCUAUGUGAAAUCACGCACCUGAUGGAAUUUACCACUGAUUAGAGAACCGGAUUUGAUGACGAGAUGCACAGUAAUUAUCGGCCGAUAUUUAUCUUGCACCCCUAAUGAAAUUUCCUCCUAGUGAUUAGAUUUGUUUAGUAGGGUAGUAUACAAUCUGAAAACUGUUUGAAAAGUCACAUUGAAUUUUGCCUUACUUAUAGGUCUUGGCAAAUCAAAACAAGGGUCAUCUGCAGCAUUCAGUGGUAUCAGUACCUAUAUGGGACCAGCAUCACAAUAUGUGAAGCAUCUAUGUGCCUUUUUCUAAAUUUGUUUAGGAGAUCUAAGUAAUGCAAUGAAUCCAUGGCUACGAGUGGGCACUAGAUCAACAAGUACAUUUACAUGCACUUAUGCUCGAUUACACCUGUGCAUGUGAACAUACUUAGUGAGAUUGUAGCAUAUUUACUAUGUGAUAAAAAAAAAUAAUAAUAAUUGGACAAUAUUUUGUAUAAGGGAACAGGUGUCCUUGUAGUUUUCAGCUUGUAGCUUUCUCUAAAUAUAUUUGUAUGUGCUUUUUGCCUUACUUUGUUUGUAAAAGUAUUGUACACUAAUUGAAGGCUGUUACUAACAGGUCUUCACACUCUACAUACACAAAAUUGACUUGUCAUUAUUUAUUCAAAAAUGAUGAAUUUUUAUAGACUCUUAAUGUAGCCUUCAUGUAUACAAUAACAAUUUAUAGUGAUUAUGUCCACGGGCCUGUACCAUGAAGCUGGAUUAGCUGGCUAGCCAGGAAAGUUUCAGGUCAUUUUGCACCAAUCCUGGGUUUUAGGUACCAUGUAAGUGGCUUGGCUUUUAGCGGCAUUCACUUCCAUAGUAACUUACACUCCAAGGCUAACCUGCUUCAGGGCAGGUUAUGUUCUGGGUUAGAGAGCUCAAACUGAAUGUGGACCAAUCAGAUGUGAGAAAAGUGACACAUGUCUGACACAGAGUCACUCCCCUGUUUUAUCUUGCGCCAAAUUAAAGGUCACUAAUGGCAAAAACAAAACAAAACACUGCCUUUAAUGGUAAUUACGGAGUCAUUUUAUGAUUUAUAUAAUUAUUAUGAUUCAUAUUAUUAUUAUUAUUAUUAUUAUUAUUAUAUUACACACAAUCAAUUUUAGAAUAGCAGUUAGUAUAAAUCAUUUAUUUUAAAUAAAUAGUAAUGUAAACAGAUCAUGUAAUAUAAAUAAGUUGUAGUAUUGCACUAUUUAAAACAUAAAAAAUCUGACCUUACAUGUUCGAAUCUCUAUCACUGUAUAUUUUCAAAUGUAUAAACUAAGUUAACAAGUAUCACUUGUCACCGCAUUGAUAGAGCAUAUUUUUUUCAUAUGAUGUUUAAAUCUCUUAACCUUAGGCAAAACCUUUAACCGUUAAUCCAUCUUGCUGGGUCUCUCUCGAUAAGUAAAUUGAACUUGCUUUGUUUUGCAAGGCUCAUGAUUGGCUGUUCACCAGUGAUGUCACACAUUUGUGCACACGCUCCACAAUCUCUGGAUCAAAGCCUGAAUUGACAAAGAAAGUUGAUGAUCAGCAUCAUGGUACCAACAAAGCUGGAUUGGAGAGGUUCGGUUUUGUCAACUCAAAAUUAACUCUGAAUUUGUUCAGCUACCAUUAUGGUACAGGCCCCACAAGGCUAAAAAAUCAUAACAGCACUAUAAAGUACAAGUAUCCGAAUCCUUUCGACAAGUUAAGGGGUAGACUAAAAUUUAAUUAUUAAUUAUUGAUAAAUGCUCUUCACACAAAGUUAUCGUAUGAUUUUUCUUUGGCAUGAAAUACAGAGCAUGUCAUAUAGACUUCUUUAUAAUAUAUUUUUUAGUGUAUUUAGACAUUGUUGAAACUUUGCAUAGACACUUUGCAUAGAAAAGAGACAUUACUCCUUACGAAUAAUGUAAUAUAUUAAUGCAUGUGUGUUUGGAACAACAUGAGGGUGAAUGCAUACUGGGAGGAGGGGCAUUAUUUCACAUAAUUAAGAACACAGACUUUGAGUAUGACCUUAGGACCACUGGGUUUAUCUGACACCAGCUAAAGAGGUUUAAGUGCCUCCAAUUAUAAUGUCAUUUAUGCUCUAAUUCCACAGACAGACACUAUAAGCUACACAUGCAUCCAAAUUCCACAGUGUCCCUUCCCAGAACUGUAUUAUGCUUAUGUGACAUUCAGGAACCUUUUUCUGUGUUUUAUAAAUAAACAUUAACUAUAGAGAUCAUAUCAAGCUUUAUCAUAUCAAAUACACUCCCCACUGCCCCAUGCCACCUCCUCCUACACACAGGCUCACUCAGAUAGGUUUGGAGGCGUAUAGAAAGUCAUCGCAGAUGCAUUAGAGAGAGAGAGAGAGAGAGAGAGAGAGAGCGAGCGAGCUACCAGCAUUUCCAUAAUGACUGUGGAUUUCACAGCUUUCGUUCAUAAAUGAUUGUUUAAAUAUUAAAAAAGAAUGUGUAAAAAGCUAUGCGAAAAUGUUAUUCAGCCAUUUACUAGGGUUAUUUUUAUUUGUUGUGCUAUAACGAUGUGACUAUGUGCACACUGUGUUUACUAUCGACCCACUCAGAGAAUCUGCCAUUUGGGGCUGUGGGAAGAGAGGCACCCAUCCUGUGACCUUAUGAUUGGACAGCUCUUCGUAUCUAAAUGAAUCUCUGUGAUUCACUGGACGCUUGACACCCACCAGGGCCCACCCACACACAGUAUGGAUGUACAAAGAGUGUGAACGCUGCAAUAUUAUUCAUUUCUUGGCACAGACUUUCAUAGAGUUCUUGUGCAAACAAAGCCUUUAGCUCAAGGUUAAAAAUACAUAGCUGCCCAUGUGUCCUUACUUUGGAAUUUUUAUAAGUGAAGAGAAAGUUUUUUUUUUUCUUUAACAACAAAUGUAUAUACUCUUUAGUUAAUUGCUGCUGCUUAAAUUGUAUAAAACAUGAAUUCUAGGCUGAAGGAUAUUAUUUUAAAUUGUGUAAAUGUUUGAACAAUGUAAGUACGUGAACGCAGAUGUAGCUUGUAAAGUAAAUGUAAAUGUCGCAUUCUCAGUGUUGCAGCAAAAGGUGCAAUAGCCAGAAUGGUGCAUACAAGUCCUGUUGAGAAGUUUGUAUUUACAUCAUUACGGCAUCAUGUGGGUUAAAAUAACUUUGGUCAGAAGAAGAGGAUUUUGUUAACUCCACAUUUGCAAAAUGAUGAAUAAAGAAUGUGCUAUAUAUCGAACGGAAUUGUACAAUACUGUGGCAUUUUAUACAUCCAACUUUCGAAUACUUCAGAAUUUCCCACUUGUAAAUUUAGCUUUGUGGUGAUGUUUAACUUGUAAAUACAACUUGAACGCACCAUUAGUGUAGUUGCAAUGUUUUCUUUUAAGGUCAUUUGUUAAAGUCAGCUAAAUUUUGUGGGCAAAACAAAUCUAUCAGUUGUCUAUUGCCAAUUAGUGUAGUGACAGAAGAAGCACAGAAGUCACUUUCAAACCAAGCCAAUUUCUGCUAGGACCAGUAGGUUAUGGGUAUGGAGACUGGUUAUCCCUUA